GUCUGUCUGUCCCCUCUCACCGCAGGGUAAAGACCUACCAACACUGAAAGACGUAGAUUUCCGAAACAUGAGCCAGAAAGUGUACGUCACCGAGGAGCAGAAGGCCAAAUUCAUGGAGAAGCUCAGCAGGGACGUGGAGUUCCUUGUCCACCUGAAGAUCAUGGACUACAGCCUACUUCUGGGAAUCCAUGAUGUCCACCGGGCAGAGCAGGAAGAGGAGGGCGAGCAGGGCGGUGAGGAGGCAGCGGGCGAGGCGGAGAAUGGCGUCGGUUCCCAUGGCAACUCCCCAGAAGGGAUUGGCAGCAGCUACCUGGGCUCCCAUAAGCCUCUGGGUCCUGGGGAGUUUGACCCUUACAUUGAUGUGUAUGCAGUCCAGAGCAGCCCAGGGGCCCCACACAAGGAGGUGUAUUUCAUGGGUUUAAUUGACAUCCUCACCCAAUACGACGCUAAGAAGAAAGCGGCCCACGCUGCUAAGACGGUCAAGCAUGGGGCUGGUGCCCAGAUUUCUACCAUCCACCCAGAGCAGUAUGCGAAGCGCUUCAAAGACUUCAUCGCCAACAUCUUCUCCUAGGCUGAAUGUCGCAAGAGCCUUGCCACACAAAACCUCCUCCUCUUCCUCCGCUUGUAAAUUAAAUUAAACUUUUAUUUAAAGAC